AUGGAGUCGGAAACCAAUUACGAACCUUUCGAGGAAGAAUAUAACGAAGCGGAGCACAUCGAGGGUUUGAAGUUAGAAGACGACGGGAAUCUAUCAUCACUGGCUUACGGACAACAACAUGUCGAUAACGACAGUGUAGUAUCUGGUAGUGUUUAUGCCGGGAGCGAAGACGAAGAAAACGUGCAACACUCGCUUAAAAGACCUGCCGAAGAUGAUUUGCUACCCCGUCAGUUCAAAAGACAAAAGGGAGUGCGCAAUGACGGCUAUCUGGCUCUUCUCAAUGGAGAUAUCAAGGAUGCGGCGCAUCGUCUUUGCUUUGCGCCUGACGAGGGGGAAUCCGUCUUGCACCCAUCCCAAAUAGGUCUCAGUUAUUGGUCGGUACCAGAAAAACGGCUAUUCUUUGAGGCCAUCGGUCGUUUGGGACAAAACGACCUCUCAGGUAUUGCGGCUUUCAUUGGUACGAAGAGCGGCGUUGAGGUGAAUCAGUACCUCGAUGUACUCCAAAGAGCUCGACAGUUGAGACAGCACGCCAUCAGACGACCGGCGAUAGAGUUUUCAGAAAUCCCUGCUGCUGUUGAGUUAAGCCAACCAUGCUGCCACGCCUUGGACGAAGCCGCAGAUACAAUUUCUGUACUUCAGGAACGAAAGGAGGAACUCAGAGAAGAAGGCAAAUGGGGAGAAUGUUGGGAAAUCACUCCAGAGAUCGCUCGACAACUUGACAAUGGUGAAAAAAUUCCCGGAAGCCAGGAUCUCCAUUUCAAGGGGCUUUUCAACCUACAGGCCUGGCUGAGACUUUCGGAUCGCAUCUUUAUGAACUCGUCUAUUCCUAGUGAGAACUGGCAUCAUAUCAGCGAGAGCCCGCCGUCGAUGUGGGCUACGACUUAUGAUGAUUUUCAUUCAUUGGCCGUUUCUAUCACAAAACGACUCGUCCAGACAACCAUCUUUAUCAGUAUGUCGAGAAUCAAGUCCAAAAAGGAAUACAGGCCCACUAUCCGCGAAACCGUCAGAGCCCAAGACGUCCUAGCAGCCGUCGAUUCAUUAGGAUUGAGACCAAACUCACACCAGUUCUGGAGCAAAUGCGCACGAAGAUUACGAUUGGAAGUACACGAAGAACCACCCGAUAAAGAUGAGGAAUACGAAGGCGAACCUCUAGAUUAUGAAGAAGUUGAGGAUCUUCUAUCACCACAAGAUGAAGACAUCGAACCAACAAUCGACCCUAAAAUGGAAGAGAGCGACGAUUCUUCCGAGCCAGAAUCGUUAGGCGCCGAUUUCGAAGAACCACCGUUAUUGUCCGAUGAAGAAGAUGUUGCCGUUAGAAGAGAAGCAGACGAAGUCUUACAAUUCUCCGCCGCCGAUUUCCCAGAAACAUACCGCAAAAAAGAGGUCCUCAAAAGUCGAAUCACGACGGAGCGUCGCCAGGAGCAAUAUGCCGAAGAGCGCGACCAAUAUGCAAACUGGCAGGCCGAAAAUGAGAUGUGGGAUCUGCUGCAAAAGAAACCGCCUAUCGAACUGCCCAAGAUGGCAGAACCAGGCCCCCUGCAGCGAUCGAAUAGGGAUGUUGAAGGUAUCUUUCCAAUAGGAAGAGAUUGGAAAUCUAAGACCAAGCACUACAGCGAGUGGGAGCAGGAAUAG